AUGGCCCGUCCCAUUGUAGCCACGCCCUAUUAUAUACAUGCGCGCUACUACUCUCCCACGCCGGUGGCGCAGGUCACACCGGGGCCUCUUGCAUCCGCGCUCCGCACCCAAAUGCCAACAUGCCCCCUCGACCAAGUCACCACUGCAUCCUUCACUGUUGUGGGUCACAUGCCUGUUUCAUCACUCCCUGUCCCAGGGUCCCAGUCUCCAUUUCAUGCGCAUCUGCCCACCUCAGUCCGUAUGCCAGUCCUGGCACCCCCUGAUCCUUGGUCCCAGUCUCAAUACCGUAUGCAUCCCCAAGACUCUGAGCUGCCCAAAGCCUCAAAGUGCAAGGCCACCCCCAGGAUCGACCUCGACACCCACUACAAGCAUCAGGAAACCAACAAGGAGCAUGGAAGGCUCCUUACACUUGCGUCACUAGGCGCAUCAUCCACAGACAGGCAGCGAGCAGCAGCUAGGGUUGUAGAUACCACACACAUCAUAAAGCGCGGAAUCAUCCGCAAGCCACGCGAUCACACCCCGCUGCUCGAAUGCUACAAGCUCAGAAAAGGACGUCUCACUACAGGCAGUCGAAAGCCGAGACCACCCCCAGAGAUUAUCACCUCCAACGCCGUUUCCCCCAUCAUUGUUGCUCCACAGCCAGUGCCCACCCUCCACAUCAAAACACUCAAGAAGCAGGUCUCCACUACCCGCUUCAGACUACAACCGAUAUUAGGAGCGUUCUGGGAGAGAAUUGAUCAGGACAAACGAAAGAAGGUACAACUCCUCGCAUCGGAGUUAGACAAAGUCUGCGCAGACCUCUACACGGGAACUCGUGAAUACACCUUCAUCGACAAACAGGUCGUCAACACGUGCUGCCUAGAAAUAGGAAGGAUCAACUUCAAGGAGAUAGGGAAGCAGCAGAGGUUAGACGAGAUCAUCAGGGAGAUUGGGGAAGUCAAGGACAAGCAGUACCUAGGCUUCAUCUUCAAUUAG